UACUAAAACUCUGCAAAAAUAGAUAAAAAAUUUGCACGAUCUCUUAAAGUUUUUUUAAUCAUUUUCUCAGUCUCUGCCUCUUCUCUUUCGUUUGUGGUUCUCACGCUCUUUGGUUUAAUUUAUUCAACAAUGAAACUAUCAAUAAAAACUGAUAAGUUUGAAGAAUUCUCUUGCAUGUUUUACGAUUGUCGCCAACACCACUAAGAGAUAAUUCGGUCUAUAAUCUCUGAAAGUUUAUUCAAAGAUCUAAUAUUUUGGAUUAACAGAGAUUAUGGUUCCUUCUAGGAAAUUCAUUUGCUGACAGAUAAUUUUUCACCAAGAGAAGUUUUUAAGAUAACAAGUUUUUAGAGAUGAAUUUCACAGAAUCAAUGAACGUUGUGCACAACAGAAUCCAACAACUUGAACCAGAGAAUGCAUCAAAGAUCAUUGGUUAUCUCUUGUUAAUGCAAGACAAUGGCGACCGCGACAUGAUCCGUCUCGCGUUCUGUCCUGAUUCUGUGAUGCGUUCUGUCAUCAAUUGUGUUAAAUACGAGUUAGCUAAGAAUGCUCAUCAUUACCACAGCCCUCCUUCUGAUCACAUUCCUACUCACAAAUUUGGAUCAUUCACGGGAUCAUCGCCUCUUUCGGUUUCUGUUUCUCCUCCCGUGAAAACCGGUUUCUGGGAGAAUUCAACCGAGAUGGAUACCUUGCAGAACAAUCUUCAGUUCUUGAAUUUUGAGGAUUCAUUGACCAGCCCUGAAUUCUCUAACGGUUUCUUCUCUCAAGAGCGUCAAUGUUUGCCUUUGCGAACGAGCAGGAGAUCCCCGAGUUUACCCGAGUUCCCGGUCAAAAUCUGUCAUUACUUCAACAAAGGAUUCUGCAAACACGGUAACAAUUGUAGGUACUUCCACGGGCAGAUUAUACCGGAGAGGGAGAGUUUUGCUCAGAUGUUUAAUCCAAACAACAACCUAAGUGAAGAAGAGCAUGUUGUUUCCCCUGUAUCUCUUGAAAAGCUAGAAGGAGAGAUCAUCGAAUUGCUCAAAGCAAGAAGAGGCGCUCCAAUCUCCAUAGCUUCAUUGCCGAUGAUGUACAGUGAAACAUACGGUAGGACUCUUCAAGCUGAAGGAUAUUUGACAGAGUCACAACGACAUGGCAAAGCUGGCUAUAGCCUCACCAAGCUUCUUGCUCGCUUGAAGAACACCAUCCGCCUCAUCGACAGGCCUCAUGGGCAGCAUUCAGUUAUAUUAGCAGAAGAUGCAUCAAAGUUUGUGGAAUACACCGGAGAGAGAAACGAACACGGAGCGAUCCUUGCUGGUUCUAGACAGAUUUACUUAACAUUUCCGGCAGAGAGUAGUUUCACUGAACAUGAUGUCUCAAACUACUUUACCACAUUCGGACAUGUGGAAGAUGUGAGGAUUCCUUGUCAGCAGAAAAGAAUGUUUGGAUUUGUAACAUUUGCUUGCACAGAAACCGUUAAACUCAUUCUUGCAAAAGGCAAUCCUCAUUUCAUUUGUGGUGCACGUGUUCUCGUCAAGCCUUACCGGGAAAAAUCACGCUCGAGUCGGUACCUUGACAAUAACAAGCCUCUACACGGCAUGCGUUAUGGCUCUCAAUUUAUUGAUAGAGACUUAGAGAUGAACGCAUUGCCACCGCGGGGUAGUGAGAGCUCAAGACUAUUGAGGAAGCCAUUUCUUAGUGAGCCUGAACAAUCUGUUUCUAAGUCCUUACCUACUAAUUACUCCUACCUCGGCUUCUCCUCGGAUGACUUCAAGCUAACAUCAAACGCGGAGCAAGAGGAACAAGCGGAACGGUUGAGCUACCUACUGGACUAUUUGAACACCGAAGACAAUGUCAUGAACAUAACCACUAACUACAGAGACAAUGAUCGGAGAACUCAUUGUGAAUCGUUGGACAGUCAAGUCCUGAAUCUACCCGAGAGUCCGUUUUCUUCCCUUUCGGGGAAGGAGAUUUCAACGGUUACAUAGAGAGAAAGACUGAUACCUAACCAAAAGGAGAGAAGAACAUAGGAGCAUAAAGGUUAGAGGGAAUC